AUGAAGGCGUAUUUGGUGAAACACCUCAAGAAACGUGGAGGCGUAACAGAAUUCUGCCUGGAACUGGAAAGGCUGUCAAGAGAAGCCUAUCCAGAUGCAUCGGAAGAAGAACUGUCCCGCACAAGGGCAGGUGAACUGGUGAGCCAGCUAACCGACUGGCCAGAAUACCUCCAACUUUUUACGACAAUGGAGAUAGCUCCAAAGGAGCAGGCGUAUGACAUGGUGAAAGCCAUGGCACAAAGAUGUGAAAGGAGUAAGCAAGUAGCGGCUGCAAUGCGUAAUGCCAUGGAAGGUCAUGCUCGAAAGAGCCAGACGGCAGAUUACGUAAAUCAUGAUGCUCGGCAAGUCCAAACCACUGUGAACACAUUGGAGGGUGGAAGCAGUAAGCUCGAUGUCCGCGAUGCGACGGCUCAGCGGAGACCCGUCGGAAAGUGUUUCAACUGUAACAAGCAAGGACAUCUGAGAAAGGACUGCACGAUGCCGAAGAAGAACGCUACUGUUACUGAAAAGCCUAAAAGAUCGGCUCAGCAAGCAGAGCCGGCGACGGCUCAGCAAGCAAAGCCGGCGAGAAUUUUUACCGCGUCCUUGAGGAAAUGGAUAUGUGGAGCAGUAGAGGUCGACAACAAGUGCGAAUUGGUCGGUGAACAAACGACCACGGAAGUGCAUCUUCUAGGCACUUCACGCAAAGCGUUGUUGGACACUGGCUCGCAAAUCAGCAUCAUACCACUGCAAGUACUCCAGGCAGCAUUGGAGUCCGGCUUUGACUUGGAUGCCGACGUCGAAGAAAUUCCGUUGGACCAGCAAAAGCAGGUAUUCGAUGCUUCGGGCAACAGAAUGUCCUUCAAAGGAGCGAUCAGACUGACGCUGCAGAUGAGCGACGGUAAGAAGCUGAUCCGUGCCUUUGUCAUGGCAUUGGUGCUUGGUACCAAUGCACUGCGGCCACUAGGAUAUAACCUCACACAGCGAAAGUGCUCAGAGUCUGUGGCGCUACCUCCGAUCACGAAAGCGAAGGAAAUCAUUCGAAACGUUUUGAAUAGCCCUUUGGCCCAUAUGACUGCAGAUUCUGACAGUCAGCGAGCAUACGAAAAACCGUGGGAUGACAAGACACUGAUUAGAGCAAAUGAUCCUUAUCAUAUCAAUCCUUAUCAUAUCUGGUUUGAUUUGGCAUACCUUAUCUUAUCCAAUCCACUGUCGUACCUUAUCCAACCCACUGUUGUGCCCUAUCUUAUCCAAUCGAAUGAUAUGAUACGAAAAUGUAUAAAAGGAGUGACUUCCAUGGUAGAUCUCAUUUUGGGAUCUUGUGUAUCACUGAAAUUGCGAAAGUCAUCCAAGGUGAGUGUACGUUUCUUUUUAACAAGGUAA